AUGCGUUUAUUCAGAUCGAAAUCUAUUAUGAUCCGAUCCAAAUUCGAUCCAUUUACGGCCAUACUAGCAGGGACACAGUUGUGUGUUGAACACAAGAGCACAUGUUUCCUGCCAUGUCACUCUUCUAAGACUGGUGCUGUGGUACUGCAUCCAUCAUGCUCCCACUCCACUCUAAGCACACCAUAUGCUGCAUUUGAGAAAUGUAUAGUGCUUAGCCUGCUGGGAUCAAAUCAAGUAUCCUUCCUAAGGGACAUGGUGCCUGCCGGUUUCCCUUCCUGUGAUGCAAAAGGUAUCACGCUCAGAAGGAGAAGAAGGUCAUGCUUUCAUCAUGCUUUGGACAUCAGCACCUAUACAAAGCUAGAAUUAGCAUAUGUUUGA